AAGGCAAACUUAUGUAUUAUAGAAGGCCACGAACUGACCCAUUAUUGAUUGAUGGGUAAAGUUUAAAGGGUCUUUUCCAAAUUUCAUAUUGAAUUGAAGUCUCCCCGCCCGCAAUGUCCCACCAUGGAUCCAUUAAUUAAUGUGAUGCCUGGCAGUUUAAUUGCAUCCACUAGUUUGCUUCCUCUGUGAUUCUGUAACAAGUCAACCAACCACUACACCUGAUUUGCUAUAUAUAACAGUUGGUAUGGUACUACCUCUCAUCUCAUCACAAUAGCAACUAGCUAGCUAGAGUCCCUCUGAUCUGAUAAUACAAAUUUCUUGGAGGGAUAUGGACAAUAACGAGGAAAUACCCUCAACACCCGCAACACCAGGCACUCCUGGUGCACCUCUUUUUGGUGGCUUCAGUAAUGGUAGGAACAAUAAUAGCAAGAAGUCCCUCCUGAAGAGUUGUAGGUGCUUCAGUGUGGAGGAGUGGAGCUUAGAAGAUGGAGGGCUACCGGCAGUGUCAUGCUCAUUGCCACUGCCAUCGCCUCCACCGGUAGUCCCUCUUGCAAGAAAGAUUGGAGCGGAGUUCAUAGGGACCUUCAUCCUCAUGUUCGCAGGCACUGCCGCUGCCAUUGUCAACCAAAAGACAAAUGGCUCUGAGACCCUUAUUGGAUGUGCUGCCACCACUGGUCUCGCCGUCAUGAUCGUGAUCCUCGCCACCGGCCACAUCUCCGGUGCUCAUCUCAACCCUGCUGUCACCAUUUCCUUCGCUGCAUUAAAGCACUUCCCUUGGAAGCAUGUGCCCAUGUAUAUUGGUGCACAAGUUUUGGCAUCUAUAUGCGCCGGAUUUGCUCUCAAGGGGGUUUAUCACCCUUUCAUGAGUGGAGGAGUCACCGUUCCUUCCGGAGGAUACGGCCAAUCUUUUGCUUUGGAGUUCAUUAUUGGCUUCAACCUCAUGUUCGUUGUCACUGCAGUCGCCACCGACACCAGAGCUGUGGGAGAACUCGCGGGAAUCGCGGUGGGAGCGACUGUGAUGCUCAAUAUACUCAUAGCAGGGCCAGUAUCCGGGGGCUCAAUGAACCCAGUAAGAACACUAGGUCCUGCUGUGGCGGCAAACAACUACAAAGCCAUAUGGGUCUAUCUAGUAGCUCCCAUACUUGGAGCUUUAGCUGGGGCAGGUACCUACACUGCAGUGAAGCUGCCUGAAGAAGAUGAUGACGCCAAGGCAAAGACUUCAAUCAGCAGCUUCAGAAGGUGAUUUGUCCCCAUUGUCAUCAGUCAUCACAGGGCAUCUCCAAUUCAGACACUGCAACAUGAUAGGAUGCUUGUGUUUUUAGUUGAUAAUAUAAAUGUUGUAGAAAGCAAGCAAAAGUGACAAUAGUUUGGUAAGUGAAAAUGUUAGAUAUGUAAAAUGUGUGUUUUAGUUCAUGAUGUAUCUAAUGUAUUUUGGCAAAAAUGAGUGCUGUUUGGUACAUAAAGAUAGAAUAAUAUUCCUUUUCCCCCUC